AUCACACCCUUUGAUAACAGCAGGUUCAAAGUUUGGGUUGGCAGGUAACGGAGGGAGAGCUCAAGUCCUUAUUUAGAAAGCCUAUCCGGCGCGUCACUGCUGACUCUCCAACCCCAACUUUGUCAAGUGCGGCGGCUUCAUUUAAUCACUAAUGGAAUAAAGACGACGAUGGAGUUCUCCUGUGGGAAUAUCUUCCUCUUUAUAGUUGUCAUCACUGACAGAAUCUGGCACUCACAGUCCUUCAACGUCGGCACGGCAGGUGCUAAGAUUUUCAGCGGACCAGCAGUGGAAGAGUUUGGCUACACAGUACAACAAGCGACAAACCAUGAAGGCAAAUGGCUCCUGGUUGGUGCUCCAUGGAGUGGUUUCAGUCGAAACAGGAAGGGGGAUGUUUACAAAUGUCCAGUCUCAGGGUCCAGAAACAGCUGCGACAAGCUGAAUCUUCAAGAUUCUCUUAGUAUUCCAGAUGUUAAAAAUGUCAACAUCAACAUGAGCCUGGGUUUGACUCUUACCCGAAUGCCUGGAGUCAAUGACUUGAUGAUGUGCGGCCCUAUUUGGGGACAGCAGUGCGGCAAUCAGGACUUCUACCCAGGAAUAUGCGCAAAAAUGAACGCACUCUUUCAGCCUCAAUCUGCUUUCUCUCCUGCUGUCCAGACAUGUGGAGGUCCUAUGGACAUCGUGAUUGUUCUGGAUGGAUCCAACAGCAUUUAUCCUUGGGGUCCAAUGACCUUAUUCCUCCAGAAUUUAAUACCUGCGCUCGAUAUCGGGCCCCAAAGCACACAGGUCAGCGUCGUUCAGUAUGCCGUUUAUCCCAAGUUUGAAUUCAGACUGAACCAGUAUAGAACAAAAGAUGAAGUGAUAGCUGCAGCAUCCAGAAUCACACAAAUGUAUGGUCACUCUACUAAUACCUUCCAUGCCAUUCAGUAUGCCAGUGAGCAUGGUUUCAGACAAGUCAAUGGCGGACGACCAGGCGCUGCCAAGGUAUUAGUUGUCGUCACAGAUGGGGAGUCUCACGAUAAGGCUUUCAGAGACACAGUCAUUGCAGACUGUGAGAGACAAGGCAUCACCCGCUUCGGUAUCGCUGUCCUGGGUUACUACAUCAGAAACAACAUCGACACAAAGAACCUGAUAGAAGAAAUCAAAUCCAUUGCCAGUUUACCCACAGAGAAGUACUUCUUCAAUGUGUCAGAAGAGGCAGCCCUCUCCACCAUUGCUGGAACGUUGGGAAACCGCAUCUUUAACAUCGAAGGCACUGGCAAAGGGGGCGAUAACUUCAAGAUGGAGAUGUCCCAGGUUGGAUUCAGCGCUCACUAUGCCAGCCAACAGGGUGUGAUGAUGCUGGGAGCAGUGGGAGCCUAUGCUUGGAGCGGGACCGUCGUCCAUCAAAAAGGGUCAAAUGCAGAUAUUCUACCUUUCUCAGCCUUUGAGAGAACACUUCAAGACAGAAACCACAGCUCAUUACUGGGUUACUCUGUCACCACACUGAGCGAUGGGCCUACAGAAUACUUUGUGGCUGGUGCACCUCGCUCCAACCACUCCGGACAAGUUAUUGUCUACACUGUCAAUGCCCAGAAGCAAUCUACUAUCAUAGAUUCAGAAAGAGGGAAACAGAUUGGGUCAUACUUUGGAAGCGUCCUGUGCUCCCUGGAUGUGGAUAAAGACGGGGUGACAGACCUCCUACUGGUCGGUGCACCAAUGUUCAUGAGUGAGCAGAAGAGAGAAGAAGGCAAGGUCUACCUCUUCUCUGUCACAAAGGGUAUACUGAACGAGCAGGGAUUCCUCAGUGGUCCGUACUCAGCUGAGAACGCACGUUUUGGGAUGGCCAUCUCUGCCAUUCCAGACUUAGACCUUGACGGUUACAAUGAUGUUGUAGUUGGAGCCCCGCUAGAGGACAAAGGAAAAGGUGUCAUCUACAUCUACAACGGGGACAAGAAGACAUUAAACAAGGAGUUCUCACAGAGGAUCCUCGGCUCCAAACUGGAUCCUCAGUUGCAGUAUUUUGGAAGGUCCCUAGAUAGCUUUAAGGAUCUGAAUGAUGAUUCACUCCCCGACAUCUCAAUUGGUGCAUACGGCAAAGUGGUGCAGCUCUGGUCCAGAGGUGUGGCGUCUGUCAGUGCUAAAGCUUCUUUCAACCCCAAUAAAAUCAAUAUUUUCAACAAACCCUGUGACAUUAAUGGACGCAAGCUUACAUGUUUCAACAUCAACCUCUGUUUCAAUGCUGCAUUUAGGCCAAAGAAUCCUGUUGGACCCAUUGCUAUAUCCUACAAUUUGACUCUGGAUGCUGACUUGCAAGCUUCACGAGUGACGUCAAGAGGACUUUUCACUAAAAACAACGAACGCUUUCUCACAGAAAAGGCAAAAAUAUCAUCUGCACCCCUGUGUAAAGACUUUCAGGUUUAUGUUCAGGAGGCCCCAGAUUUCGUCAAUUCCCUUAGUCUGAAAGUAGAAAUUGAGCAGCAGAAUGCCGAUGUGAACCCUGUCCUCGAUACAUUUUCUCCAAGUGCCUGGGAGUUCUUUAUACCCUUCACAAAAGACUGUGGCUCUGAUGACGUGUGUGUCAGUGAUCUGGUGCUGAGUGUGAAGACAGACACAAAGGCGUCCAGCUCUGCUCCCGUUCUGGUCAGCGCUAAUAACCGAGAACUGUCAUUCGAAGUUGUUGUGAAGAACAAAAAGGAAAAUGCAUACAACACACAGGUGUUGGUCACGUACUCCAGCAACCUCUACUACUCUUCCGUCUUCCCUCCUACAGAUGGAGUCAAAUGUACUUCAACACAAACUCAAACUGUCACCUGCCAAGUGGGAUACCCAGCAUUAAAAAAAGACGAAGAGAUGAAAUUUCAGAUCAAUUUUGAUUACAAUUUUGAACAACUGCAAAACCAAGCUGUGGUGAAAUUUGAGGCCAAGAGUGAUGGUAAAGAGGAAAGACCUGCAGACAACAAGGUGGACUUAUCCAUUCCCAUUCAAUAUGAUUCAGGGGUUGUUCUAUCUAGGCAGUCGAAUAUAAAUUUCUACGUGGCAGACACCGCCACUCCAGUGGUAACAACAGUGAAAACUCUAGAUGACAUCGGCCCAGAGUUUAACUUUACAAUGAAGGUUUCAACUGGUAACUUCCCUGUCAACCUCCUGUAUCUGACCAUUGCUCUGCCAAUGACCACUAAAGGUGGAAACAAGCUCCUCUAUGUUACCAAAGUGGACACACAAGGAGGGUCUGUCACCUGUGAUACUACCGACCUGGUUGAUCCACUGAAGAUCGGUGUGAAGAGCCAUGUAGUAUCGUUCUCUGAGGAGAACCUCCGAGGCACGGAUAAACUGGACUGCAAGAGUGCAAAUUGCAAGUAUAUCACAUGUAUCCUCAAAGACACUGAAGUUAAGAGCGACUACUUUGUCAAAGUUAAAACAAGGAUCUGGAGCGGCACGUUUAUUUCGGCCACCUAUCAAGCCAUUGUGCUGACCUCCACUGUUGAUGUCAAGACCUCCGACCCUGAUCUGCUCAUUAUCGGCCUCAAACAGCUUCCAGUGGAGGUGACAAUCAGUAAACCUGGAGAGAAAGGUGAUGUUCCAGUGGGAGUGAUAGCUGGCAGCGUCAUUGCUGGACUGCUGCUAUUGGCUCUAGCUGUUGGACUCCUGUGGAAGUUUGGGUUUUUCAAAAGAAAAUACAAGCAGCUUCAGAGGGAGGAUGAUGAAGACGGGCAGAGUCACGCACACAUCGAUGAAGUGCUGUGAACUGAAGAGAAAAAACACUUUUCUUUCUUCACUGGAUUGUUCCCAGUACGGAUACUGGUACUUGUCACUGGUUCUUGUAAAGUGCAAAUGGACUUUGGCUCAAUCACUGGAAGUCUAGCAUUUUAAUCAAAGAGAAGCUGUUCAGUUUUUGGAUAACGUUUUACAGAUGAGUCUUUAUUUUCGAGCUGUGUGAAUUGUACAUUGACUGUUUGUUAUUAUGCACUGACUUUGAAUAAUGUAAAUAUGACAGAACAUUUAACAAAGCGUUUCUUUGGCUUUGCCAUCAUGAGUUUUACACUGUAAAGACAUCAAGUUAUGCAUAGCCUUUUGUUUUUACAAAUUCUGGGCAACAUAGUUGACAAAUCAUGAAUAUAGCUCAUUUGUCAAAACACUGACAUACCCGGUAGCCCGUCAGUCUCUAGCAUAAACUCCCUUGACAUCCUCUUUCACCUCUGGCACUCAGGACUUUUCUUGGACUUUUGAGAUCAGUGGUUAAGAUUCGGGAAACAUGAGAUAUCUUGGAAAAGAUUAAAUCUGUCAUUACUCUGUUUGUACUGUAAAUACUGUAAGAUAAACAUAUGAUCUUUCAUAUUUGGUUUUAUGAAAACAUUUAUGGCAAUAUGGGUCCAUGGAGUAGCUACUUGUGUUGAUAUUUGUGAUAUUUGUGACGAUGAUAUUUUGUUUUUCACCACUCUUAGCACAUCUUGUCAGGUAUGAAUAUCCAAUAGCAUAUUUCUUAUGUCUGCAAAUGUCCAUUAUUUUCAAAAGAAUAAUCUUUUGAUUAUUUUCUCGAUUGAUCAAUUAAUAGAUUGAUUAGUGUUUUUUAGAAAAUAGUUCCCAGGUUCCAGUGUGGUGUUUUCAAAUAGUUGGAUUUGUCCAAUAUACAAUCCAAAACUGAAAGAUAUUCACAUUACUGUCAUAUAAGACAAAAAAGCUUGAACCAGCAAUGUUUUUUAAUUUUUUUUUCUGUUCAAACUGUUAAACCGAUUAUCAAAAUAAUUGCACAUUUUCUAUUGAUCAGCUAAUUGAUUAAUUGGCUGAUUACUAGCUCUAGUGUUGUUCAUCUGUAGGGCAAAAUAACACAAUGCCCUACAUCAACAAAGCACUCAGAAAUGCAGCUGAGAUGGUUCAUGAAUACACUCAGUCCACUCCUUUGUUUUUUACUUGCAGUAAGAACCUUUGAGGUUUGAUCAAAGCUAAUCCCGUGGGAGCUGAAUGUGUAUUGGCACAAUUUUGCCACAAGAUGGCAGCAUGAUAUACAUGUUGGCACUGGUCUUAAUUUUCUCACUCUGUUCUGUUGAUGACUUGAAUACUCCAAUAUCAAUUAAUACAUCAUAAUUUAUGACCCAUUUUG